AUGGAUGACAAAACGAUGCAAGGCUGGCUUAACUGUUGGGAGAAAAAAACUAUUCCCUGGCACCACACUGACGUCCACGAAACUAUAGAGAAGUAUUAUGAAAUAUUGGCAGCGUCACCAACAGCCAAGAACAAAAUCUUCAUACCACUGUGUGGGAAGACUGUAGAUAUCAAAUAUCUGGUAGACCGCGGGAACGAGGUUGUGGGACUGGAAGCUUCCGAAAUAGCAGUGAGAGAUUUCUUUACAGAACAAAAUAUCGAAUACACCUCGGAGGACGUCCCUGCCGUGAAAGGAAAAUUAUACCGGUCAAGUGACAAAAUGAUAAAGAUAUACUGCUGUGACCUGUUUUUAUUUUCUGCUGAAGUAGAAUCUGGAUUCAGUGGUAUCUGGGAUCGAGGCUCUAUGGUUGCUCUAUCACCUGAAGCCCGGAAAAGAUAUUUCGAGAUAAUGAAAACACUAACAUAUCCAGGGAUAGGUUACUUGCUCGAAAUGCCAGAUCGGGAUCCCAAAAAUGGACCUCCAUUUUUUGUUCCGUUUGACGACCUCGAACGAGGAUUUGAGCAAAAGUGUAGGGUAACAAAGCUCUUUGCCACGGAAAAAUUGCCACCGGGACUGGAUGGUGAAAAAAUGCCGGACCUGAAAGGCAUGGUUGUUUUCCGUCUUGCUUUUCAAUAA